GUCAAAAUUUCUAAAAUAUAUAUAUUAUACAGAAAAGAGAAUUGUUCUAUCAUUUCUUUACAUAUUUAAAUAUAUUGCAUGGUUUAGUAAAAUUGUAUUUGUUAUGAGCAUAGUAAUUUCAAAGUCUUAUUGAAAGUGUCUAAAGAUUUUUAUCAGAUAACUUGGUACAGUAUACUGUAGAGAUGGUGAAAGUUUAUGCACUUCUGGUACUCUAUAAAGGAAUUAAUAAUGCCUCAAUACUUAAGGCAGCAUAUGACUUACAGAGUUUCAGCUUUUUUCAAAGAAGCUCUGUACAAGAAUUUAUGACAUUUGUUAGUAAGACGAUAGUGGAAAGGACGCAACAAGCUUCACGGCAAUCAGUAAAAGAAGGAGAAUACAUGUUGCAAGUAUAUGUCAGAGCAGACAACUUAGCUGGUGUAUUAAUAUCGGACCAUGAAUAUCCAAAUAGAGUAGCACACACAUUGAUUACAAAAAUAUUAGAUGAAUUUACAGCAUCAGUGCCAGUUAACAAUUGGCCUACUGGUAAUGAGACUACUAUAGACUUUCCGGUAUUACCUCAAUAUCUAGCCAAAUACCAAAACCCCAGGGAAGCUGAUGCAUUGACUAAGAUACAGAAUGAUUUGGAUGAAACGAAAAUUAUUUUACAUGAUACCAUAAAAGCUGUACUAGAGAGAGGAGAAAAGUUGGACGAUCUAGUGGAAAAGUCUAAUAGUUUAUCAUUGCAUAGUAAAACAUUUUACAAAACUGCACGCAAGACUAACAGCUGCUGUACCUAUUGAGAAAUCUCAAUGUUAUUCGGAAUGAAUUGGCCAUUGUUUUAUAUUUAAAGUAGUUAAUGUUACGCUGCUGUUUCGUGUUCAAUUAAAUUGAAUAUAUAUGUAUGUGUAAACUGGAAUGUUCAGAAAUUAUCACAAGGAAGAGACAUCUGUAUUGUUUUAUUAAUUCAGGAUCUACUUUAUUCAGAAUAAAUAAAGUAAAUCUUUUUAUAUUGUAGUAAUAGUGAUAUCUGUUAUCCAUAUAAUAUGUAUAAUAUAUUGUUGUAUACAAUGCAUUGUGAUUGCUUUUUAUAAAAAUCACAAUGAUUAUUUGAAAAUUAAGUAUUUCUUUAUUUUUUAAAAUGUAACUAAGAUGCUUUUAGAAAAUUAUAAUGUUUAUCAGGAUUAUUGUUAACCUAUAAUUGUAUUUCACGAAAUAUAUUAUUUUUAAGUCUUUUUAAAGUUUACUAAUAUCAUUUUAAUCAAAAUCAACAUACAAAAAUUGCCACAAAAAAAAUCUGUGUAUUUCUUUAUCUGGAUGUAUAUUUUUUCAACAUUCCAUAAAUUUUUACAUUUCAAGAUUGUGUUUAUUAUGGAAAACAGAAACAUGUUUCAUUGUCCAAAUCCCUUUCUGUACAGUUAAUAACAUGUUUUGUGAUUAUAAAAUUAUAUUAUAAUUUACUAAUUCAGAUGAGGCCUAAACAGACUUCACUUGAUAUACCCACCAUGCUUACUAUGAGCCAUUGGCUAAUUUAUUGUAGCUAUGUUUAUAGUGUUAUUUAAGCCGAAAUUUAAAUGACAAGUUUUAUGUUGUGUUGGAGUGGUGCUGUUAUAGUAAAGUACUUUUUAUCAGUGACUUGUAAAAGGUGAAUUUGAUUUAAUGUACAUUUAUAAAUAUAGUAACAUACACAUAUUAAGAAUUAAUGAGAUUGUUUAAUGAUUCCUGAGAAGGGUUCUACAUCUGUAUCUUAAGUAACGAACAUAUUAAAGUGUAGGUACCUAUAAAAUGUAUAUAGUUACAUUUGCACUUAAAUAUGCUGGGUAUUUUUGGGUAAGUAUUAUGGAAAUGUUCAAUAAUAAUAGUAAUAUAUUAAUAAAUAGUAUGAGCUAGGAUUAUUAGGUAUUUCAGUGUAAUCUAGUUAUGUGGGCUUGUUGCAUCUGUUAUACUUUCUGUAUUGUGUUGUAAUGAUAUUUUCUUUUAUUACAAUUAUUGUCGUGCAUACACAAGUAUUCAAAUGUGAUAACAUGUUAUAUAUUUGUAUGUACAGGUUUCGUGGAUGUACUAAUUGCCUACAAUAAUAAAAUAUACCCAUAUUAUAAUAAAUGUUAUGAUUACUCCA